AUGGGCACACCGUUGGACACCUACCGAAUACCACUUCCCUAUGUGGAUUCUGCUCCACAGAUUACCAAGGAGAAGGUCCCGACUGACCCGUCUUACCUAUUGAGACGGCGUCCCAGUAAGCAAAAGCCCAGAACGGGAAACUUGCAGACGGCUGGACGGGAAGACGCCAUGUUUUCGUCUGCACACUCAAUGUUGCAGGCGGUCUGUCUACUGAUGGCCGUGGAUUCACCACUGGCACUUGUGGCUGAACAAGGGGGCCGCAAACGGGAAGGGUGCUGCGAAAUGCCCAUUCUGAGGGAGUUAACCAUGCCGAAGAGUUAUAGUGGCUUCUGCCGUCCGCGGGCUUUUAUCGCUGCUCAAGGUCCGAAGGACACCACAUUCGACGACUUCUGGCAGAUGGUUUGGGAUGAGAACUCCAACAUCAUCGUUAUGAUCUCCAACUUUGUCGAACGUGGCCGACGCAAGUGCGAUCAGUACUGGCCCUCAAGCGGACCGCAGACCUACGGUAACAUCAGUGUUCAAAUGCUCUCCGAGGACUACCUGGCCUGCUAUGUGGCGAGGGUCUUUCUAGUGAAGAAUGUCAAGUGCAAAAAGUUUGCCAAGGAGAGGAUCGUCCGACAUUACCAGUACACUGAUUGGCGCGAUUUUGACGUCCCUCCCUCACCACUGCCUGUGUUGGUCUUCGUCAAAACUACCAUUAAGGAGUGGACCCCUUCUCGUGGGCCGAUAAUCGUCCAUUGCAGGUCUGCUCCCUUUGCCUCUUUAUCCAUUUCUGCGAUUCUUGUAGCCUAUGGUGGCAGAACUGUGGAGAGUUUGGUCAUCGCGACACUGAACGUCUUCCAGACAGGUAAUACUACCAUCACCGGCACCGUCCGACCUUUGCAACCACUGGGCCAGCCAAGGCGUUUUCUGUUUCUUGCAUCACCGGCCCUAAUCAGACGUGUACGUUCGCCUACGCGUCUGGAGUUGAGUCACAUCAGCCUCCACCCUGUUCCACCCUCAUCUCGUCGUCCUUGCCUUUGUUCACUGUACGCAUGCCCGACAGACGCCACUUCACCCUGCCUCAUCUUCCCCCCUCUCUGUCCGGCCCCUCUCGUGACUCAUUCACAUUGGCGUUUCCUCCAACUAUACACAGAAUUUAUGGGAUUGUUUCCACGAGACGCGAAUAAGUCUGGUUGUGAGAUUGCUCGACGCUAUAACGCUGGCGUGGGUCGAACGGGCACGUACAUCUGCAUUGAGAGCCUCAUUCGCCAGCUGGAGGCGGAGAAACAAGUCAACAUCCGCGGCUUCCUUGAGCACAUUCGUCAACAACGCAUGAAGCUGGUGCAAACUGAGCAACAAUAUGCCUUCAUCCACGACGCACUGCGUGAGUAUUUGCUCUGUCCGGAACACGAAAUCUUGGCCAUGUCUUUCCCCGCCUACGUCCAGUGUCUGCGCCUACCCGAUGCCGCUGGGAUCUGCACAGACCAAUUGCCCCGAGUGUACGAGUUUACCGAAGCCCGGAAGCCUGUAAACGUGACAAAGAAUCGUCUGUCGCGUCGUCUUCUGCCCACCGACUUGCGUCGUGUCGUGCUGCCCAGCGAGGGUGGUGUGGAGGGCGCGAGUUACAUCAACGCCUCAGUGGUGCAGGGCUACCACCGUCUGCAGGAGUUCAUCGUCACCCAACAUCCUAUCCCCGGGACCACGGAGGCCGAUUUCUGGCGCAUGGUGUGGGACAAGAACUCAUCCCUCGUCGUUGUCCUCUCUUCCGAGCAAGCAGACUUGUUUCCUGACUUUUGGCCAAUAGAAGUACAUGAUCCUCGAGAGAUAGGCUGGCUGCGUGUGAGUUUCUGCAACAGCGAGGAGGUGAGCGAGGGUCUCACACGCUACGAGUUUUUGCUCUCCUCAUCACGCGAGGACUACGCUCUCACCUGUCAGCUGUGGCGUCUCCACGCCUGGCCUAUCACCGUCACCGAGGAGGCCUGCGGUGACUUCCUCAGGCUCCACUCCAUUCUCGUUUCCAACCGCACCUCCGCCGCCAACGGGUCUACCAUCGUUGUGGAUGGCUACGGCGGAAAUCGCGCUGGAAUCUUCGUUGCUGUCAACUUCCUAAUCAAUCAACUCACUCUCUCUGGCUACAUCGACGUCUACUACAUCGUCAAGAUGCUGCAUCUUCAACGAACUGGCAUUUUCGAGUCUCCUGCUGAUCUCGACUUCAUCUAUUCGGUGAUGGAACAGUUCCUCUUGGAGAUGCAGCAGCAAGAUGACAGCAGUUCGUUCUUAGGCAAUGAUACUAGCUCUUCCCCCGGCUACGCGAACCUGAGUCUCUUCAACGGAAAGCUUCUCUCCCCUGUCACCUACAACUCGAAACCCUCUAGCGCCAACGGGGACGCAAUCCCUCCAAAAUCCACCCUUUUUCCAUUCAGUGCCACUUCUCUGGAGAUGGGAGACGGUCUAAACGCAGUGGAAAAGACAGGAAGACGGGAGGUAGAUGUGGAGGAGACGGAAUCCACCCUGGAACUGCACUCUCUCACCUCGGAUACUAAUGUUGGUGACGUCUCAAUCAGUCCCUCCCUGAUCGGUGUGCUGACAUCGGUCAAGCGACCCCUCAACAAUGGUUUCGUAGUGAAGGAGAUGGUUCUACCUCCACCACUACCGCCACCGCCCAACCAAUCACCCCCACCCUGGCCACCCCGUGGUAACCUUGAGAUGGGGGUGGGAGAGGUUAAUGAAGGGGAAGACCCUACACCUACCACCUCGUUAGUUGUGGAGGGUGGCAGCAACCUCAAUCUGGACGACGUCGACAUUAUCGAUGGCGUAAAUGUGGAUGAUACAGAGUUGACUAUGACUCGCCAAGACUCGCUGAAUUCGGGUUCGCUCUCUCCCAUAUCCAUUUUCCCUUCCUAUCUCGUCCAAUCCCCCCUUCCCCUCCCUGCUUCACCUCAUUUUGCCAUUUUUGUGCCGCUUGAUGUAAGAGCGAUGUCCUCGGUCUCACCAACAUCCAACCGACCAGUCCUGGGUCCUCAGUCCUCCAUCCCCUCCUCCUCCACUGGGGGAGGGGUACCGCGUCAACCACCCCCAGUGCGUCUUCCGGUGCCUAAGCGUCCCCCACUCACCCCCUCGGCCAUUUUCACUCUCAUCCAGACAAUAAAGGAGACUGGUCGACGGUUGGGCAUGAGUGACUGCGCGGUGGCCACUGCGUGCACUCUCUUUCACCGUAUGGUCCGUGUGCUAACCGUCGGUGAGGAGACGGGACCAUUCGCUGCCAUGACAAUGUCAGGAGAUUCAGAGUUGGCCGCUGCUCAGCCGGCUACCUACUCGGUCACCAAUGAUAAUCCUCUGCCCUCGGCCAUUGACGGCUCGAUCAGGUCGAGCUUGGGAGAUGUUGAUCCGUAUGUGAGUGGAACACCACUUAGUAGGGUCCAUGUUGGUCUCAGUCUUGUUAGCAGUGGCGUUGGGUUGACCAUGGCGAUGGCUUGCAUCAGUCUGGGGGCUAAGGUUCAGGAGGAACACCAACGCCUUCGGGAUGUCAUCGUCGCUUACUACAGGACCUUGCACAAGACAAAGCGCCCUCCGCUAGAGGUGGGCGAGGAGUACGACCGCCUGCGUGUCAGCCUCGUAAGCGCAGAGCUCUUCCUCAUGCGCCUCCUUGGCUAUGCGGUUCGCACGCGCGCUGACCUGCCCCACGCCUACCUCCUGCACUACCUCUCCGCCCUACUCCAUUGGAUCGGCAAGGGCAUCGCCCACCCACCCGAGACUGGGGCCGGUGACGGCGACGUGGACACUGGUGGCGUGUACGCAAGCCACAGCGCACUGGCGUUGGCUCGCCUGCCCGGCUUGGCCUGGGCCAUCUUAAUGGACUCUUACCACGCACCGCUCUGUGUGGACUACGCACCAGAGUACAUCGCAGCGUCGAUUCUUCACCUGGCACUGCGCAUUGCCGGCGUGGAGGUGCCAGGAAAUAGGCACUCGGAGAGUGCGUGGUGGCAGGCCAUCUCGGAUUCGCUCUCCCGCGAGACGGUGGAGCAAAUCCAACUGAAGGUGAUGGACAUCUACGCGGUGGAUGAUCGCAUCAACGCGAUGGCCAACUACCGCCCAGAUGAGGAGGAUGACUACUGA